AUGAUAAAAGCACAGAAAGACUAUAAACCGCAUGAAGUGGUGUUUGAUUGUCAACAACCGUUUAUCAACAAUAUUAAGGAUGAAUAUAAAGGACAGGUAUGUGACAACUGUUUGGUCCAAAAGAAUGAUUUGAAGAGAUGUUCGGUCUGUAAUCACAUGUAUUAUUGCGACCGAAACUGUCAGCGCAACGACUGGCGGGCCGGACAUCGGUAUGAGUGCCAGAUAUUUAAGAGUCACUACCAGAAGCUGGUGGAUGUACACUAUUUGUCCACAACAUUACUCAGAUUGUAUCUCAUAAACAAAUCUGAUCCACAAAUUUUUUACAAAAAGUAUGACACUGUUGGCGGACAACAGCGAUGUUUCAACGAUUUGAUGUCACAUCGCGAAGACAUUAUCCGCGACAGUCGUCGAGUUUCUAACAUUCAAGAGAUAGUCAAUACAAUCAACUCCUGUGAUGUGAAACUAGGUUUCAAUGAUUUAAUCGAUUUGUAUGGAAAAUAUGUUAUCAAUUCAUUUGGAUAUUCAUAUUGUUUUAACAACCAAUCGGAUGAAUGUUUUGGUAGCGGUAUAUACAUCGGUGCGUCCGUUUUGAAUCACUCGUGUGAUUGCAAUCUCUCUUUCCAAUCAAUUGGUAACAAACAUCUAAUAAUAUCUAAACGAUAUAUUAGUGCCGGCGAAGAGCUAACUGUUGAAUAUAUCGACUUAACUUUGCCAACUGAUGCCAGAAGAAAAUUAUUGAAAUUUUAUUACUAUUUUGAUUGUCACUGUCGUAGAUGUGAUGAGAACAUUGAUGAAGAUGAACUUAUCUAG